CCCGCGUUCAAUGUCAAAUACCGUUUGCUUCGCUAAACGUUAAAUUCAAUUUCUCUAUCACAUCCAAUACCAAAAUCACUCGCGAAAUCAUCUGACAUGCUAGCGAAAUGAAUCUGUUGCGAUCGCUCAGUUUCCACCUUCUCUCCGAGCCCAAAUUCGGCCGAUCGAAGCGCAUCAAAAUCUGGGCCAACGGCGAGAGCCAAUGCUACGAAUUCAACAUCAACCCCAGGAACUACCGCAGUUGGACAGCAGUGUUAUUGGACGUCACCAACGUGAUCAAACCGAAUUUCGGAGCGGUGAGAAAACUGAUAGCGCUGAGCACCAUGCAGGUGGUGGAUUGCUUCGAGGACUUGGACCCGAAGGAGAAGUACAUCGCUCUCGGCGUGAAGUGCAAGUUCAAAACCAUACCGGGGGGAUACAGGACGAACAACGAGAAGGACGUGCAAAGGAAGAAGGUGGCCAAGUUGUACACGGGCGAUAUAAACACCAAAACGGAGACGUUCCUCAUCGAGACCAAGAGGAAGAAUUUGACCAUCGUUUACAUGGUGGUGAACGGGCGCAGCAGUCAGAUACCCGAAAAGGUCGUAUUCAACGAAAAGGACAUGAAAAAUUGGGACGUGAUACACAAAUAUCUGACCAAUAUUUUGGAUAUACCCGAAGGUAUCAGUAAAAUUUGUACGAUAUUCGGACAGGAAUUGAAAAAACCUACCGAAUUCCAACACGGUUUUCUCUACGUGGCCGUGCCGUUUCAGGAAACUUUUGUCAUGCUGGAUUACGCAAACUGUUUGGAGAAACAGAACAAACACCGGGGUAGUUACACUAUGGCAAUAAGACCGGCUAAUAACGAAAAUAAAACCGCUAGCGUAAAACGAAAUCCUUCAGUCACUGCAUCUUUGAAAUAUAGCGAAAACAAAGACGCGAACGCAAAUUAACAUAGUACUUAAAAAUUCGUGCAAGUCACCAUAGUUAAUUUAGGAAAGUGCAAAUUAUACUGUGAAAAUUACAUUGUAACUGUAUGCCCGGCAAAAAUGAUAUUCAGUUCAUAAAAUUUAAAUAAACCUCUAUAAUUUCACUAAAUAA